UCACAUCAUUAGAUAUGUGGAAGACCUCGAGUUCUUCUUCCGGAUUCCUUGGGGGAAGCACUCAUUCGCCAGACUCAUGCACUCGCUUCAGAAAGACAUGUUGAAACAGAAGGCCAACUACGAGAAGAAGCUGAGUUCGGAUGUUCAGCACGAGUGCAAAUACACAGCAUAUGGCUUCGCACCUGCAGUCCAAUAUUGGGCGUACGAGGCCAUUUUGGAGGUUGGCAAGAGGUAUGGCACGAACCACGGGAUUCGGUUCCCCAGGAUGCUUAGCUGGACGAGCAAAGGCGAUAUUGGGAAGAAAGACGUCAGCGCAUUAUUUUCUAGACGGAAUCUGGAAGUGGUGAAGGGGCUACUUCCACGGACAGAGGAGGAGGCAUUUGUGAGGACAAUAUCUUACGAUGGUGUGGAGAACCUGGUUGAUGAUGUUGUGGAUGACACAGAGGCUGAGGCAGGUAGUCAGGUACCAGAGACUCAGGUCCCAGACACUCAGGAAAGAGACACUCAGGUACCAAUUUACGGAACUUUUUUUUAUGCCAACGCCGAACCUCGGCCCGGUGCACCAUCGCAUCGGGCGUUCGGGGUGCGAGUACGCGAUUUAGUGGCUCGGUUGGAUAGGAUCGAGGGUGACACUCAGGGUCUGUAUGCUGCUCAUGUCGAGCUGAAGAAGGCAUACGAGACCAGCCAUGUAGAGCUGAAGGGUGGUCAGAACGUAAUUAUGGAGCAGCUCAGAGACAUAUUGGCCAUGUUGAAUCGUUCGCCAACGACAGCUUCAGCACCGGAGGCCCCAGCAGAUCCAUCUACCCCACCACCAGCUGCUUCACCUCCAGUAGAAGAGGAUGAGGUCUUCCCCGACGAUUACGAUCCUUAUGAGGGAGCUCCAGCGACUCCGAUCGAGGCACAACCUCUUAUCCAUGUACAUGACACCGAGUCGCAGGGGUGA